GGUGUCUCCUCGGCCCGGGGAGUCCUGGCCAUUUGAGGACCGGGCCCUCAGCUGUCUGCACCCGGCUGACCAGGCCCACCAUGGAGCCCCAGGACGUGGUCUUCCUGCUGCUCUUGUUUCUGAGACCAGGUCUUGGAGCUUCCCUUGAGGACUAUGCAAGCACUCAGGGGGCCUUGCUGUUCAGUGUCAUGAAGCAGCAACUGGUGGCCAGAAGCAUUGAGGACUGUGCUUCCAGGUGUGAGGAGGAAACGAGAUUCACGUGCAGGUCCUUCCAGUUCCACAGCAAGGAGCAGCAGUGCGUGAUCAUGGCUGAGAACAGCAGGACAGCGCCCGUGACCCGCAUGACAGAUGUGAUUCUCUUUGAAAAGAAAGUGUAUCUUUCAGAGUGCAAGACCGGGAACGGAAAGACCUACAGGGGCACCAUGUCCAAGACGAGGUCGGGUGUGACCUGUCAGAAGUGGAGUGUCAGCUCCCCGCACAUACCCAAAUAUUCUCCUGACAAUUAUCCUUCUGAGGGCCUGGAGGAGAAUUACUGCAGGAAUCCAGACAACGACGAUGAGGGACCCUGGUGUUACACUACGGACCCAGAUGUCAGAUUUGACUACUGCAACAUUCCCCAAUGUGAAGAGGAAUGUAUGUUCUGCAGUGGAGAAAAUUAUGUGGGCAAAAUUUCCAAGACCAAGUCUGGAAUCGAGUGUCAGCACUGGGACUCCCAGAGCCCACACAGUCAUGGAUACAUCCCUUCCAAAUUUCCAAACAAGAACUUGGAGAAGAAUUACUGUCGUAACCCUGAUGGGGAGCCCCGUCCCUGGUGCUUCACCAAUGACACCAGAAAACGCUGGGACUUCUGUGACAUCCCACGCUGCCUCACACCUCCUCCACCUUCUGGCCCCACGUAUCAGUGCCUGAAGGGAAGGGGUGAAAGCUACCGUGGGAAGGUGGCCGUCACCGUAUCUGGGUAUCCCUGCCAGCGCUGGAGUGAACAGACCCCUCACAAGCACGACAGGACCCCAGAAAACUUUCCCUGCAGAGAUUUGGUUGAAAAUUACUGUCGUAACCCAGAUGGAGAGGCGGCCCCAUGGUGCUACACAACCAACAGCUCGGUGAGGUCGGAAUUCUGUAAGAUUCCAUCCUGUGGGUCCUCAAUAUCUUCCACAGAACAAGAGGACACCCCAGUACCACCUGAGCAAACACCUGUGGUCCAGGAGUGUUACUGGGGCAACGGACAGACCUACCGAGGCACAUCUUCCAUCACCAUCACUGGGAAGAAAUGCCAGCCUUGGUCCUCAAUGACACCACACCUGCACAAGAAGACCCCAGAGAACUACCCAGAUGCGAACUUGAUCAUGAACUACUGCAGAAAUCCAGAUGGAGACAUACGCCCAUGGUGUUACACCACUGACCCGAGAGUUCGGUGGGAGUUCUGCAAUUUGAAGAAGUGCUCAGGAACGGAAGCAGGUUCUGCACACAUUCCACGUGUUUCCCAAGUGCCAAGUGUUCAAGAAACUUCUGAAGAUGACUGCAUCAUUGGAAAUGGGAAAAGUUAUCGGGGCAAGAAGGCCACCACUGGGAAAGGCACCCCCUGCCAGGCCUGGGAUGCCCAGGAGCCUCACUUUCACCGCACUUUCACACCAAAAACAAACCCACGAGCAGAUUUGGAAGAAAACUACUGCCGGAAUCCAGAUGGGGAUGUCUAUGGGCCCUGGUGCUAUACGAUGGACCCACAGAAGCUUUUUGACUACUGCGACAUUCCCCAGUGCGCUUCAUCCUCUUCACUUGAUUGCGGAAAACCCCAGGUGGAGCCGAAGAAAUGUCCGGGGAGGGUUGUGGGUGGCUGUGUGGCCAACCCACAUUCCUGGCCCUGGCAGGUCAGCCUCAGAACCAGAUUCGGAAGGCACUUCUGUGGAGGAACUUUAAUAGCCCCCGAGUGGGUGGUGACUGCAGCUCACUGUUUGGAGAGAUCUACAAGGCCUUCAUCGUACAUGGUCGUCCUGGGUGCCCACCGAGAAAGUCUUACUGGUGCCGAUGUUCAGAAAAUAGAAGUGGCUAGGCUGUUCCCGGAGCCCUCACGAGCAGAUAUUGCCUUGCUGAAGCUAAGCAGCCCCGCCGUUAUCAAUGACAAGGUGAUCCCAGCUUGUCUGCCGUCCCCAAAUUAUGUGGUUGCCGACCGGACGCUGUGCUACAUCACCGGCUGGGGAGAAACCCAAGGCACCUACGGGGCGGGGUUCCUGAAGGAGGCUCAACUGCCCGUGAUCGAGAACAAAGUGUGUAACCGUUACGGGAUUCUCAACGGGAGGGUCAAAUCUACGGAGCUGUGUGCAGGCAACUUGGCUGGAGGCAUCGACAGCUGCCAGGGUGACAGCGGAGGCCCUCUGGUCUGCUUCGAGAAGGACAAAUACAUUUUACAAGGCGUCACCUCUUGGGGUCUUGGCUGUGCGCGCCCUAAUAAGCCCGGUGUCUAUGUUCGUGUCUCGAGGUUUGUUUCUUGGAUGGAAACAGUGAUGAACUCGAUGAGCUGAGAGCAUGCUUGGCGUGUGGGAGGCCUGGUUUGGUCCUUGGGACUGCAAGUUUCCCCCUGAGCACUGAGCCGGGAAUAGCCCCUGAGCGUGGCCUGGUGUGGUCACGAAACCAAAAAGGGAAAAGAAAAAAUAGGAACGAAUAUUGAGAAAUAAUUCAUUGACAGGCGAACAACAGGGCAACAAGUUACCUAGGAAGUGGAAUAUGAGAGGGAAUUUAGACGCUCUCAGGAGUAACGGACGAAUCAAGCACGUGUACUUAGGGCCAGGACUGUCCAAUCCCACUUUUUAGUAUUAUCAUGGAUCCAUUUUCCUGACCCUGAACUGCUAGAUUCUGUAAUUAUAAAGCAACACCACUGACAUUUGUUGGAAAUAAACUCUACUUUGAUUUAA